UCCACUGCUGCGCCGGUGUACAUCAUAGGGCAAAUUCGUGACUCCUUCCUGCAGUCCGUUCUCCUUCAUUCGUUAAUAUACAGCUAAUUAUUGUAAUCCUUAUUUAGUUGAAAAGUAACGAUUUAAAGCGAAGCGACUGCAACAGUUGUUAUUCUAUUUUGUUGUUCCUGUGAGCGAGCAAGAAUGUCAACCGAAGUCCCCGAGUACUCCCCAUUCUUCGCAGUGAUGGGUGCAUCUGCGGCGAUGGUCUUCAGCGCUUUGGGCGCGGCGUACGGGACGGCCAAGAGCGGCACGGGCAUCGCCGCCAUGUCGGUGAUGAGGCCGGAGCUGAUCAUGAAGUCCAUCAUCCCCGUGGUCAUGGCGGGCAUCAUCGCCAUCUACGGGCUGGUGGUGGCGGUGCUGAUCGCCAACAACAUCAACGAUAAAGUCCCGCUCUACAAGAGCUUCCUGCACCUGGGGGCGGGGCUGAGCGUGGGUCUGAGCGGGCUGGCGGCGGGCUUCGCCAUCGGGAUCGUGGGCGACGCCGGCGUCCGGGGCACGGCACAGCAGCCCCGGCUAUUCGUGGGCAUGAUCCUCAUCCUCAUCUUCGCCGAGGUCCUGGGGCUCUACGGCCUCAUCGUGGCCCUCAUCCUGUCCACGAAAUAAAGGGGGGGGGGAGGGGGGCGGGGCACCCGCCCGCCUGCCGAAACGGAGGAAACUCAAAAAACAACAAAAACGACGAAAAAAAAAAAGUAAAAACUAAAAAAGUUAAAAACAAACAAAAAAAAAAAGAUUAAAUAAAAUCACGCCGUAAUUAUGGUCUUAUCUCCAAAACGUGUACAGUCGUCUCAGUUUGGUAGUCGACCUCUUGUAAAUGAGCAAUGUACGUUAGUGAGUCGUCCGUCGUGUGUACGUUUAGAUAUACAAACAAACAAGGUUUCCAGUCCUUUUUUUCGUGUGUCAUCGGUCUCCCUAUGUGGAGAAUUGACGUUAAGAUGCAUCUUUUUUUUGUUUGUUUGUUUCUUUUGUUUUGUUUUUUUGUUUUUUGUUUUGUUUUGUUUUCGGUUUAGACAGUUUCCAAUUUCCACACUAAUGUUGAAGAACUAUCUGUAAGAAGACAUGGAAAUGGUUUUGUUUUGUUUUUUGUUUUUCCACAGAUUUUAUUUAUAAAACUUUGAAAUGUUCAUGAAACUGUUUAAAUGGAGCAAAGUCUUUUGAAUUCCUUUUAUAUAUAUAUAUAUAUAUAUAUAUAUAUAUAUAUAUAUAAUUUAAAAAAAUAUCUGUGUAUAUGUAGAUUUAUUGCACUGUGGGUAAUUGUUAUAAGUGCUUGGAAUUCCUCUGGAUGUGAUAAUUGGUUAAGUGGAGAUUGCCUUUAGUGUCCAGGUGUUGGAGUGGGAGUGUGUGUGUGUGUGUGUGUGCGUGCGCGUGUGUGUAUUUUAAUUAUUCCGACGUUCUUGAAACACUUUGUGGCACGUUUUCCCCCGUAGUACAUCUGUUUGGUUGCAUUACGGGCCUGUGCCCAAACGCUUGGGUUUUACCGGUCCAAUUUCCAAAUAAAUUUCCACAACUUCAUCUCUUUUUUUUAUUUUAUUUUAUUUUUAAAUUCUGCUUCAAUAGGAGUCCGUGCGACAUCACCAGAGGGGUUUUUUUUUUAUAUAAAAGGAAAAUCUCACCCUCAAGACGACAUGUCCAAGGUUUUAAUCUUUUUCUGUCAUUGUGCGAUUAAAACAUGUGUACACACUU